AUGGCUGCAGAACCAGAAUUGCUGACAUUCAAAUGUGUGCUCGUAGGAGAUGGUGGCAUUGGCAAAACCAGCUUCAUAAAACGCCAUUUAACUGGUGAGUUUGAGAAAAAGUACCAAGCCACCCUUAGGGUAGAGGUCCAUCCCUUAGUUUUCUACACAAACCAAGGCCAAAUUAAGUUUAACGUUUGGGAAACCUCCGGCCAGGAGACAUUUAGAAGUCUCCGUGACAGUUACUAUGACCAGGCGCAGUGCGCAAUCAUUAUGUACGAUGUCACCGCUCGAGUAACUUAUAAAAACGUUCCUAACUGGCACAAAGAUAUAGCCAGAGUAUGCAAAAAUGUCCCAAUUGUACUAUGUGGAAACAAAGUCGAUAUACAAGACAGAAAACAACUACUUCAUGAUCCCAACCUCGUAUUUGUAACCAUGCCGGCUCCUGUCCCACCAGAAGAGCGCAUGGACCCCUGGAUGAACCCACAUUGGCAGCAGGAAAUUGGAAAUAUCCUAGAGGAGGUUCUGGAAAAAGCUGAAAACACCGCCUUGCCCGAUGAAGAUGAUGAGGACAUUUAA